UGUUCGAGUAACCGAGGUUUUCUAUCUUGUCUGGCCGGUAGUUGUUGGAGUUACCGAGGUGUUCUAUUUAGUGCCGUAGAUGAGGCGAGCUGGUCGAGAAUGCUUUUCCGCGUUCAGUUCGUUUGUUCCGCUCUUGUACCUAUAUCACAGCUUAUACUAACCAUUUAAGUGUUUCCGCAUGUUUUUGGUAUUGCUUCUUCAGCAAUAAUUUCCUCCGUCUCUGAGAAACAAAGUAGACGAGCAUGCAUCGUAUGAGCCAUUAAUAUGAAAGUAGAAGUGAAGGUCCAAUAUUCUUCGCGUCAGAUUUCAUCAUUGUUUAGACUUUCGAUAGUCGGGAGACUUCAUACGAUCACUGGGUCCUCUUCGAAAGGACGUCCAGAUGAUGUCAAACAGAAGCAUCGAGCUCCCUUUCCUGCACGACUCUUACAUCCCUCAAACCGGGAUCUUCACCGGCUCCUUCCCAGACUUCUACGGUACAAGUGACUUAGGGUUCCCGUGUCUGCCGAAAUUUUUUGAUUGCGAACAGGAAAGUAGUCCUGAUUUGGAAACAACCUCAGACUUCUCUUCGCUUUGCAACAGUCCGGAUAUGUCGGCUAGUGACUCGGACUUCUCGAGUGGCGAUGACGUCAGUGUGACGGAGACACUCAUGCAGGAUAUUCUGACAGUUGCCAUGGAGACCGAAGCAGAGCUACAAACAGCAGAGUCUCCCUCAAUAAACGGACCAGCAAAUAGUCUCGAAGACCACAAUCUAAUCAACGACGCAAUGAUUAGCUCGACCAACCACAAUAUAUCGACCACGAGACGAACCUUAGGUUGCGCAACUACAGAAAACGCCAUGUGCUACCUGGCUAAUCCGACCGCGUGUGGAAUCCAGAACCUCCUAGCCCCAAGCUCCCUCUGUACUACGUCCACAACAACCCCUUUGAUCGGCCCGACCACAAAAGGCACAAUGGAUAACCUCGUUAACCCGACCAUAACAGACAUCAGCCAUGACUGCUUUGUUGCACAGACGAGAACCGAACGAGAGGACAAAGGGACACAGUCUGAGAGAACGUGUUCUGCGCAUGCGCAAGGAAUCAACGAUAUCACCGGCGACAAGGUCGAGAAGGAAGCACCAGCCUUAGACUGGACUUAUCUUGAAAAACCGACUCGACGGUGUGCGCCAGCUAACAACUCGUCCAAACCCCUCAACUCUGCUACUAAACCCGAUAAGAAAGUCCACAGACCUAAAGUGAAAAAGACCAUUCAUUUGUGGGAAUUUCUUGAGGAGCUCCUGGACAACAAAGCAUACUCACCUAAAUUCAUCACGUGGGUAUCACGUGACGACGGCAUGUUCCGCCUCGUGGACUCGAAAGCGGUCGCGAGACUUUGGGGGCAGCGGAAGAACCGUCACGACAUGACGUAUGAGAAGAUGAGCCGCGCUAUUCGCUAUUACUACGAGCGCAAGAUUAUCAAACACGUGGACGGACAGAAACUGAACUACCAGUUUGGUGACGAAAUCAACGAGAGGCGGUCACGCAAGGAGAGUGCAAAGAGAGAAAAUCAGACUGCGGUCACGCAAGGAAAGGGAGAGUGAAAUAGAUGAAGAUAAAUAUUCUAUACUUAUGUAAAUAAUCGACACAUUUUCUAGUUAUCAUCCAUUAGCUAAUAUUGCUUUGAUUACUAUGACUGUUCAUUUUUAUAUGUAUGAUCCCUGCUUACUAACCGAGGGCCAUAUGUUAGAAAACUGUAUAUUCGGUUUAAUAUGCUACCCUCGAUAAACAAAGAUUACAAAGAUUUUGUAAAUAUAUAUUGUUGUAACCAUUUUGGUUAAUGAAUCUACAGUAUCAAAUGCUAUUUCUUGUACUAAGGCCUGGCUGAACUUGUGUUACAUGUUACGACAAGAGGCAAUUUUUCCAGCAACUUGCAACGUAAUUUUUGUUGUGUUGAGAGUUGCAAGAAAGUUACCUGUGUAACAUUCCCUAUUUGCAAUGUAAGUUUUUGUUGCGUGUUUUUACUCUUCUACUUCUUUAAAUAUUGCGUGAAAAAUUGCACCGUAUAUUAUCUCCCUGCAACCUGAAUCUUUUUAAUUUGUCAUUGUUGCAUUGCAAGUUGCAGGAAAAUUGCCCCGCUUAUCAUGGCUUUUAGUCGUGUACAAUAUUUCAGAGCGACAUGUACCCCUGUUCAGCCACUUUUAACCCAGUUCUGCACUUACAUGGAAAUAAAAUAAUAUUCUUUUUCGUGUGUAUACAAUUAUAAUAAUGUAUCGUUUUAGAUACUGAGAAAGAAUAAUCCAUAACUAUGCAUUGUACAAACCAUAAAAGCAGAGGCAUUUCUUUUUGUAAGUAGUGAAACGAGAUCGGAAUAAAAGAUAAAAAAAAAACA